AUGGACUCAAGGGUGGUGAACAGAUCGCCUCCAUCUCAUGGAGGAUUAAUCAGAGGCAUCAGAGGGGCUAUAAUGGCUCUAAUGGUGAUAGUCUUGCUAGGAUAUCUCAUCCUAUGGAUCAUGACACCAACCAAUCUUUAUAGAGAUACAUGGUUGCCACAAAUGCGAGCACAGACGAACUCAACUUACUUUGGAAUACAAGGGGCAACAAUGUUGUUCUUCACAUUCCCCAUUUUAUUCAUUGCUGUGUUGGGCUGUGUAUACCACCAUUUAGGAAAGCAAACAAGUGACAAUAACACAGAAAGCAAAAAACAUCAACUGGAGUUAUGGAAGAGGCCAGUACUGAUCAUGAAAGGCCUAGGAAUUGUUUCUCGGAUAGAGUUGGCUUUUUUGGUCAUGUUCAUUGCACUCCUGGUUUGGUCUUUCUCAUCUUACUUGCAUAUCAGCUUUGCUAAAAUCACACCACAAUCCGCGGCAAAUUCCGGCGAGAAAGUGUGGGAAGCUAGGUUGGACAUUGCAGCUCUAAGGCUAGGGCUUGUGGGGAACAUAUGUCUAACCCUUCUCUUCUUUCCGGUGACCCGCGGCUCGUCGGUGCUGCCACUCUUUGGGCUCACCUCUGAGGCUAGUGUCAAGUAUCAUAUAUGGCUCGGACACAUUGUCAUGACCCUCUUCACAGCUCAUGGUGUCUGUUACAUCAUCUUUUGGGCUGUUACACAUGAACUAUCCGAGAUGCUAAAAUGGAAUAAAAUUGAUGUAGCAAAUGUACCUGGAGAAUUGGCAUUGCUUGCAGGAUUAGCAAUGUGGGUAACAACAUACCCUCGCAUAAGGCGAAAGAUGUUUGAAGUCUUCUUCUACACCCAUUACCUCUACAUUCUCUUCAUCUUCUUCUUCGUUCUCCAUGUUGGCAUCUCUUACUCCUGCAUCAUGCUUCCUGGCUUCUACCUUUUCUUGGUUGAUCGAUUCUUGAGGUUCUUACAAUCACGAAAAAGAGUUCGUCUAGUCUCUGCCCGAGUUUUACCAUGUGAAACCAUCGAGCUCAACUUCUCCAAAAGCCGAGGUUUGAGUUACACUCCAACAAGCAUAAUGUUCAUCAAUGUGCCAAGUAUUUCAAAGGUGCAGUGGCAUCCUUUCACUGUUACUUCCAAUAGUAAUUUGGAAGCAGAGAAGCUUAGUGUCAUAAUCAAAUGUGAUGGAAGUUGGACUAAGAAGCUUUUUCAGAUGCUUUCUUCGCCUUCUUCCAUUGAUCGUCUUGAUGUCUCCAUUGAAGGACCAUAUGGACCUGUUUCAACCAAUUUUCUGAGGCAUGACACAAUUGUGAUGGUGAGUGGAGGCAGUGGCAUAACCCCCUUGAUCUCUAUCAUCAAAGAAGUCAUGUUUGUGAGUGAGACAUUGAAAUGCAAGACUCCACAGAUUCUCCUCAUCACCUCACUCAAGAACUCUUCAGACCUCACCAUGCUAGACCUCAUCCUUCCAAUUUCCACCACUCUCUCUGAAUCUUCUAAACUGGAGCUACAAAUUGAGGCUUAUGUAACAAGAGAGAAACAACCCAAUACACAAAACCAAAAGCACCUUCGAACCAUAUGGUUCAAACCCAAUCCAUCUGACGCACCCAUAACUCCAGUUUUAGGCCAGAACAACUGGCUAUGGCUCGGUGCCAUUAUAUCGGCUUCUUUCAUCAUUUUCCUUCUCUUGCUAGGGAUUCUGACCCGUUACUAUAUAUAUCCGAUUGAUCACAACACUGGAAAUAUUUAUUCAUACUCUUCAAGAUCUGUGAUAGAGAUGUUACUCAUAUGCGUCUCCAUAGCCAUCACAACUAUCGUAGUUUUUCUUUGGAAUGGGAAACGAAAUGUCAUGGAAACAAAGCAGAUUCAGAACAUGGAAGGGACAACACCGGUGGCGUCGCCAAACUCUUUGAUCUAUAAUGCUGAUAGAGAACUGGAAAGCUUCCCACAACAGUCACUUGCCCAAUCUACCAGUGUGCACUAUGGUGAAAGGCCAGACCUGAAGAAAAUUUUGUUUGAGCGUAAAGAAUCGAGUGUUGGGGUUCUUGUUUGCGGACCGAAGAAGAUGAGACAUGAGGUUGCAAGCAUAUGUUCAUCUGGUCUGGCAGAUAAUCUGCAUUUUGAGUCCAUCAGCUUCAGUUGGUGAUUUGCUCAUCCCCAUGACAGCCAAGAAGAAAAGUAGUUGUAAAAUGUUGUGCUACUUUUUGAACCAGAAUUGUUGUUUUAUUGCAAUUUUUCCUCCUUUUUUUUUUUUUUUUUUUUCCUAGUUGGCAACUCUCACACACAUACCUCUACGGAUGUUCAAACCCCCCCUUACCUCCUUUUGGAAAAUUAGGACAUAACAUCACUAGGCCACUAGCCCGUUGGUCUACUUCUUUCUUACCCUUUAUAAGUGAUCUUUGAAAUGCAAAUCUGAU